AUGUUCCGGAGCAAGAUCAAGAGCGGUGGCGCGAGUCGCAAGAAACGUCGCGACGUCGAGGUCGGGGGCGACGCGGACGGUCCGUCUGCUUCUGUAGAGAUAGCGGGUGUACCAGAUGAUGCUCUUCCUGUAGCCAGCGACGCUGAGGCGGCUGGGCACGACCUCCAGGGGCUGGAGCAGCUACGUUGGAACCGUCGCGCUCGACCUGUCAAGAGCGUCAUGACGUUUAGUUCCAAGAGCGCCAGCGUCAAGUCCAGUGGCAGCAGCUCUCGCGAUGGAGUUUAUGCUCAGUCGCAGCAAUCGGAUGCAUCGACGCGGCUGAGUUUCGAGGAUGGCGAAGAGACGGCAGAGUCAAUGGCGACGACGACGUCGACGAAAAAGAGGAAGAUGCGACCGAAUAUCGUGGUGUAUAGUACACGAGACGUGAAGCUAGAGACGAGAAAAAGUGGCUGCUAUUCAGCCGAGAUGCUUGCGACGCUAAAGAGCGAGCAGAGCGUGCUGCUGUCGAGACAUGCAGAGAUGGACGUGAUCGUGGAAGUGGAAAAAGGGAACGAAGAGAGGGAAGCGAGCAGUGUGCAUGGCCGAGAAGAGGAGGAGUUUAUUGCUCUCGAUGGACGCACAAAGACGAACCGGACACGAAAGAGUGUGACGUUUGGCGCGCAGUCGCAAGACUCGAGUGAAACGGGAGCGAGCAGUGUGCAAGACCGAGAAGAGGAGGAGUUUAUUGCUCUCGAUGGACGCACAAAGACGACACGGACACGAAAGAGUGUGACGUUUGGCACACAGUUGCAAGACUCGAGUCGCAGUGAGACGGCCGAAGUAAUGGACGAAGUAUCGGAUGGAGGAGAGGAAGAGGAGGAACAAAGCAGGAGAUGGGAGGAAGAACUGAUGCGUCGUGCGGGGCAGCGUGUGUCCAGGCCAUCAGAUGAUCCAAGUGGUAGUCGCUUGAGCGACGGUCAGCCGAUCUAUCCAACGAGGAAGAAAGUGACCUGUGUAUCACUGGGAACCGUGCUUGGAAAAUUGGAAAAGAGCGCAGAGUCGACAUUGCUUGAACGUGAACGAGCUUCGCGCGAGCUAGCUCGACUCGAAGCCGAGACAGCUCUGAUUGAGACAGCGCUCGUGCAGCAGCAAGAAGAGUUGCGCACCAGCAGCGAAGAGUUUGAGUACUUCCAGGACGUGGGAGACUUUGUAGAGGGAUUGAGCUCUUGCUUGCGUGCAAAAGUGCCCAUCAUUGAAGCAACGCGGAAUCGAGUCGUCCAGAGUCGCAUUUGCCGAGUGCAAGACAAGCGAAAGGAAGAGCAGUACGAUGUCGCCGAGGCGAUCAAGCGGUACAUUGGCUCUGGGAACCUUGAGGCGGGCGACAUCAUGGGGCUGAAUCAGUCGGAUGUGCAAUCUAGUGCAGGCGUCAGUGCUGCGUCGUCUAUGCAGGACUCGGCGCGUGCCACUCGCUUGCGAAAGAGCUACCAAGCGCACUUCAAUGAGUCGUACGUGACGGACGAACGCCAUAUGGAGGACGAUUUGUUUGCAGAUGCAAUCGAUGAAUUCAGCUCGCUCGAGCACGUUUGUGGACGGUUCCAAGAGUGGAAAGCAAAGUUUGCCCAAGUCUACGAGGACGUGUUCUGCGAGUUGGCGCAAGAGAAGCUUUUUGCUCCGUACGUGCAGGCAGAAUUGCUGUACUGGGAUCCACUGGGUGUGGCAGACGCACCGUCAGAGCUGGCAAAGUGCUGGUCUCUCGACGACUUUGCUUGGUAUCGCGCUUUGCACCGACACGUGUCGAAGGCGAGCGACGACACAAAUGGCGGCCACGUUGACGGUCCGAUCCUUUACCAACUUCGUCACGUGUUGCUCGAGAAUGUCCGCGUGGCUGUUUCAAGCUAUUACGAUCCGUACUCGAGUCUGCAAGCGCGCAGUUUGGCACAAGUGCUGGACGAGCUCGAUCGACGAGGCUAUGCUGCACACGUGGAAGGAGCAGUUCAGGCAGUGGUGAAGACUGUGCUCGAGACAGUCACGAGCGAGACGAAACGUACGGUGCUGAUUGCCCUCGACCGAGAUGCUGCCGCGUCCAGCGACGAUGUCCACGCGUUCGCUCGUUACUUGUUGGAGAAGUUCACGGCGCUGCAAGACAAUCUGCUCACUCUCUUCGUCGCUCUGCCCAGAGGACCGCUCACUACCAGUGCUUUUCGCUGUCUGCUCUACGUCCUGCGCCACCUCUUGGCGUAUGUUCGCCACUGCCACGAGACACAGAAGACGCACCUCGUGGCAAUGGCUACACAAGUGGUUCGACAGCUCGCUGGCUCGUCGUACGUGCUCGAGCUCCUGUCGGAUCCAAGCCAGGAACGUGAGCUCCAGCACGUGCUGGACCUGUUUGCCUCAUUGCGACCACCUGUUGCUCAAGCAAACCUCUCAUCAACGUAA